AUGAGUAUCUUUUCCCGUAUGACGGAUAUCAUCAAUUCGAAUCUCAACGCGCUGUUAGAUAAAGCGGAAGAUCCGGAAAAGAUGGUUCGAUUAAUCAUCCAAGAAAUGGAAGAAGCAUUGGUAGAAGUGCGUAGCACCUCUGCUCGGGCGAUUGCCGACCGGAAAGAGCUUGAGCGCCGACGUGACUGGCAGGAAGCUGAAGCCGAGGAAUGGGAGCGCAAGGCUGAAGUAGCCGUCCGCAAAGGCCGCGACGACCUGGCCAAAGGCGCCUUGGUCGAAGGCAACAAGGCGCGCGAAGCAGUUGCCGCAAUGGCUGAUGAGCUUCAGGUGCUUGACGAAACCCUGGCUCGACUGAACGAAGAUGUGGGUGCUUUACAGGCCAAAAUUAAGGACGCAAAAGCACGCCAGAAUGCAAUUAUUGUACGUGGUAAAGCGGCACAGUCCCGAUUAGGUGUUCGCCGCACCCUAAGUGAUCACAAUAUCGAUGACGCGAUUGCUCGAUUUGAGCUCUACGAGCGCAAGAUCGAUGAUCUUGAAGGUGAGAUUGAAUCACAUGACAUGGGCCAGAAAACUCUGUCUGAUGAGAUCUCAGAUCUGGAGCAGAAUGAAGGUGUGGAUGACCAGUUGAGAGCCACUAUGGACGGCAUAGUCGUCGCUUUUUUUGUGCCCACCGUCAUCUUUAUGGUGAUCGUGGCUCCGGCCUGGAUAUGGAUGCACUAUCGAAGUAAGCAACAUGCCCAGGGUGCGCUGACAGAAAACGAGCGUAUCGAACUGGACACGUUAGCACUGCAGGCUGAAAGGAUGCUCGAGCGAAUCGAUACCCUUGAGGCGAUUUUAGAUGCGGAAACGCCCGACUGGCGUAAGCGCAACGGUAUUGAACGCUAA